AUGAUCAUUUGCAACUGUCAUGCAUACACAGUGUGUUCGAUAGAUAAACAAGCACGUUCUCAUUUAAAUCGACAUUCGCUUCUGAGUUGCUAUUCAUUCGAAAUGAUCAUCCGAAGACUCGUUGUAUUUCUUUUUCUUUUCAUUCUUGCCGGCGCCAAUCCAAUUCAUCAAAAUAUUAAGGGUAAUGAAUAUCGUCAACGACGUAGUUUUACAAUUACAAACUGGCAAUUAGCUGAUAAAUUAUAUAAAGGUCUUUCUCAGAAUGAUGAUCAUCGAAUUGAAAUUGCAACAAGAUUUAAACGUUCAGAUAUUCCACUAGAAUUAAGACCUGUUGAAGGACCCAUGAAUAUUGAACAAUUGCCAGCAAUGUUAGCAGCAAGAUAUGUUAAACGUUAUCCAUAUUCACAACGAGAUGAUCCCGAUAUAAUUGGCCGAUAA